AAUGCCCCCCCACAGUUCUCCCCACCCGAACACUCCCCAGAGUCCCUGGGAACCUCUGAAGCUCUAACCACCAGAAGUGCCCUCUUACCAUCAAGGAGGCCCUGCUCAAAGAUGUUUCAGGACUCAAAAGAACCCUCAGCACCCAACCAAGGGCAGACAAUACCAUCAGGCAAGAAGGUGAAGACUCCGCAUGUCCCCCUGUCCCGGGCAUGGAGGCAAGACUGUGAGCAGACGCUGGCUGCAGCCUACGUGCCGGUGGUGGUGGAUGCCAGAGGGCUGAAUCCCGAAAAGCUCAGGUUCAAUUUCUACACCUCCCAGUACUCCAACUCCCUGAACCCCUUCUACACUUUGCAGAAGCCCACCUGUGGCUACCUGUACUGCAGGGACACUGACCACACGCGCAAGCGCUUUGACAUACCUCCCACCAACCAGAUCUUGUGGCACAAAUAGGCCUGGGCCAGUCAGAAGACCCGGCCCUUUCCUGCACCCCCAUGAUCCCCGGUCCCAGAGGGGAAGGGUUGCUCUCUCCAGAAGGGGCAGCCCCAUCUGGGCUGGGACAGCUGUGCCAUGCCCGGUGUCAACAAUGACAAAGGGAGGUCUCUCUUCUCAGCCACAAUUAAAGUUUAUCCUUCCUUUCUCUGGUAUCUGAGUGGGAAGUUGGAGGUGGGCAAA